AAAAAAUGAAUUACUUGUGAAUUAAUUAUUAAAUUUAAAUUGCAACAAGUGCGCGAGAUUAAUUAAAUUAUGCGUGUUAUUUUUUCUGAUGAGAUUUGUGAUGACGGAUUUUCGUCAUCUGUCGUAAGUUGACGAGUGGUUUGAUCUUGAGAUAAUUUAUGCCGACGGCGACGGAAUGAAGAAAAUUUUUAAAUGGGGAAAUUGCAAGUUUUUAAAAAACGUAUGAAAAAAAAAUAUUUAUUGAAAGUAAUUACUCGUUAAGAUUACGAUUAUUUACCAGUGGAUACUAAUAAAAAGAAUCAUUCAACUACUUAAAAUAUAUAAUGACGCAAAAGUUAUUAAAAGACGACGUACUUCAGUUCUACUUAUUUUGUGUGAAUUCUACAGACACCAGUUGCGGUCUCGAGGUCAAAUUUACGUUACUUGUAAAAUCGGCCUAUGACCGAAAAAAUAUCGCUUACUUAUUUACAUCAAGUCUUUAUCACUGACCCUUCACUAGCUAAAUUAGUACAUUUUCAGGGAUACCCGCGGGAUUUAUUGCCGAUAACAGUAGCCGGGAUACCAUCGAUGCAUAUUUGCUUAGACUGGAUACCAGAACUACUGUCGCAACCAGAACCAGAGAAACAAAUUUUUGCUGUUGAUUUAGCGUCACAUCUCGCGGUUCAGUACGCGCUACCAAAAGCACUCAGUGUAUCGCGAUUAGCAAUAAAUACACUCAUCACUCUGCUGGGCGCAUUGCCGGCCAAAGAACGCGUCGUACUUUUUAUGCCAGUUCUGCCAGCAUUGACACGAAUUUGUCUAGCGUUUCCGCCGCUUGCCGAAGAUACCACAGGACUUCUUCUGCAGCUGGGGAGAAUCAGCUCAGCACAAGCCGCACUCGGUGAUAAAUCCGCGGAAAUACUUUGCCACGAAGUUAAUCAAACAUUUUCGUCCCUGCUUCAAAAAGCUAUACUACAAUCAAGAGUUUAUUAAAAUAAAAACUAAUUAUUAUCGUGUACAUAAAUUACCCACAUGUUUAUUAUUAUUUACAUUUUUUUAAGUUAUCUAAUGUAUGUAUUGUAAAUAAACUUUAAUAGUUUUAAUUAUUUUUA